GGAAGUUGUGUGGGCGGUGUUUCCGCCGUGGCGCCAGUCUGCUUUGGCGCGAAAAGUAGUGUUCGCGCGCUUUUCCCUUGUAGUCCCGGUGUUGUUGUUUGCUCGUCCUUCGCAGCGAUCGGUUUCCAUCAUGUCCGGAUUUGACGAUGCAGGCAUCUUCUACAGUGACAGCUUCGGGGGUGAGCAACCUGUCGGGGACGAUGGGCAAGCCAAGAAGUCUCAGCUGAAGAAAAGGUUCAAGGAGUUUCUCCGGCAGUACCGAUAUGGCACUGACCGCACCGGCUUUACCUAUAAAUACAGAGAUGAACUCAAGCGUCACUAUAAUCUGGGGGAGUACUGGAUUGAGGUGGAGAUGGAAGAUCUGUCUAGUUUUGAUGAAGACCUUGCUGAUUACCUCUACAAGCAGCCCACAGAUCAUCUUCAACUGUUGGAAGAAGCUGCUCAAGAAGUGGCAGAUGAAGUCACCCGUCCUCGGCCUGCCGGUGAAGAAACUGUACAGGAUGUUCAGGUCAUGCUGCGUUCUGAUGCUAAUUCCGCCAAUAUUCGAAGUCUAAAGUCAGAGCAGAUGUCUCAUCUUGUGAAGAUCCCCGGCAUUAUAAUUGCUGCAACAGCAGUGAGAGCAAAGGCCACCAAAAUCUCCAUCCAGUGCCGAAGUUGCCGAAAUACAAUUGGCAAUAUACCUGUGAGACCUGGCUUGGAGGGGUACGCCAUGCCUCGCAAGUGCAACACGGAACAAGCUGGUCGCCCCAAGUGUCCCCUUGACCCAUAUUUCAUCAUACCAGAUAAAUGCAAAUGUGUGGAUUUCCAGACACUGAAACUUCAGGAGUCUCCAGAUGCUGUACCUCAUGGAGAAAUGCCACGUCAUAUGCAGUUGUACUGUGACAGGUACCUUUGUGAUAAGGUUGUCCCUGGCAACAGAGUGACCAUUAUGGGUAUUUACUCAAUUCGUAAAAGUGGCAAAACCUCUACCAAAGGCCGUGACAGAGUGGGUGUGGGUAUUCGAAGUUCAUAUAUACGUGUGGUUGGCAUUCGUGUGGAUACAGAAGGCACAGGCCGAAGUGGUGUUGGAGCUGUAACCCCCCAGGAAGAAGAAGAGUUCAGGCAACUUGCCUCCAGACCUGACAUCUAUGAGACCGUGGCCAAAAGCAUCGCUCCUUCUAUUUAUGGCAGCAUUGACAUUAAAAAGGCUAUUGCAUGUCUACUCUUUGGAGGCUCCCGUAAAAGGCUUCCUGAUGGACUGACUCGUAGAGGAGAUAUUAACCUGCUGAUGCUGGGUGACCCUGGAACUGCCAAGUCUCAGCUUCUGAAAUUUGUGGAAAGAUGCUCUCCUAUAGGGGUUUACACCUCUGGAAAGGGUAGCAGUGCUGCUGGCUUGACUGCUUCUGUGAUGCGGGAUCCAGUGUCUCGUAACUUCAUUAUGGAGGGUGGUGCCAUGGUGCUAGCUGAUGGAGGAGUGGUGUGCAUUGAUGAGUUUGAUAAGAUGCGGGAGGAUGAUAGGGUUGCCAUCCAUGAAGCCAUGGAGCAGCAGACCAUUUCCAUAGCAAAAGCUGGCAUUACCACCACUUUGAACUCUCGCUGUUCAGUACUUGCUGCUGCCAACUCUGUGUAUGGCCGGUGGGAUGACACAAAGGGUCAAGAGAACAUUGACUUCAUGCCUACCAUUCUCUCCAGGUUCGAUAUGAUCUUCAUAGUGAAGGAUGAACAUAAUGAACAGAGGGAUAUGACUUUGGCCAAGCACGUGAUGAAUGUCCAUCUCAGUGCACGAACACAGACGCAGGCUGUCGAUGGAGAGGUGGAUUUGAAUACAUUGAAGAAAUAUAUUGCUUAUUGCAGAACUAAAUGUGGACCUCGACUGUCAGUUGAAUCGGCUGAGAAGUUAAAGAAUCGAUAUGUACUGAUGCGCAGUGGCGCUCGUGAACAUGAUCGGGAAAGCGAGAAGAGAUCCAGCAUCCCUAUUACAGUCAGACAAUUGGAAGCCAUUGUUCGGAUUUCAGAAGCACUUAGUAAAAUGAAGCUACAGCCCUUCUCAGCAGAAAGUGAUGUUGAUGAGUCACUGCGGUUAUUCCAGGUCUCUACACUGGAUGCUGCCAUGUCUGGAAGCCUGUCUGGUGUGGAAGGAUUCACCACUCAGGAGGACCAAGAAAUGCUGUCCCGCAUUGAGAAGCAAAUGAAGAGAAGAUUUGCCAUUGGAUCCCAGGUGUCUGAGCACAGUAUUAUCCAGGAUUUUGUGAAACAGAAAUAUCCUGAACAUGCAAUUCACAAAGUUUUGUAUCUGAUGAUGCGAAGAGGGGAAAUUCAGCAUCGUCUUCAGCGUAAAGUGCUUUUCCGGAUCAAGUAAUAAAUAGCACACUGGAAUCUGUUGAUUUUGCUAUUUGUGUACAGAUG